AUGGGAAAUCAACAGACGCAUCGUCAUCGAAAUCGCAUUACACCUUUACAACAAGACAAUAUUGCUUCUACUACAUCUAAUAUUAUCCCUCUCGACAGUGAAAAUAGCUUUAUUAUUUGGUUAGAAAUACCUUUAAAAAACCGUACCAAUCAUGGUGAGUCUGUAGAAUUAAGGCAUCGUUUACGCCAAGUAUUUCCUCAUAUUCAAUCAUUCUGUGAUUUUCAAACAUGUAUUAAUCACAUAAAGAAUGCAAGAUUGAAUUGUGAUCAACGAUUUAUUUUGAUAUUCAGUGGUUUAAUAGCCCGUUCACGUGUGAUGUCUUUCUAUAAUAUACCAUCCGUUGCAUUAAUUUAUUUUUGCGUAUAUUCUGAAAAUGAUUUAUUUUACAAUUGGAUUAAUUGUAACAACAACAAAAUUCGUGGUCUUUUCAAUAACAUUGAUUCAUUAUAUAAUCAGCUAAUAAAUGAUGUGCGAGUGGAUAAUUAUAAAGUAUUCUUAUCUUUGCCAAUAACGGUUUUCAGCAAUGAUGGUGCAGAAACAUCGACACGCACGAUAAAUGCUGAUUAUUUAUGGUUACAAUUAUUGAUUGAAAUGAUAAUAAAUAUGAAUCAUACAGAGCAAGCGAAAGAACAAAUGUUUAAAUUAUGUUUCUUGCAUUAUCAAAAUGAUGCGAAUGGUCUAAAAGCACUUGAGAAAUUUCGUUCAACCUAUAUGUCUGAUCAAGCUAUUUGUUGGUAUACAGCUGAUUCUUUCAUGUAUCGUCUAUUGAAUAAAGCUCUUCGCUAUCCCGAAAAUUUCGACAAUGUUUUUAAAUUUCGAUAUUUUAUUGCUGAUUUACAUCGUCAAUUGAAAACAAUACACCAUAAUUUUUCAGCAAAAAUUGUCUAUCGUGGACAAAUGAUAAGCGCACAAGAAUUAAAUAUGUUCAAGGAGAACUGUGGUAAAUGUAUAUCGGUCAAUACCUUUUUGUCAACGACUUUUGAUGAAGAAGUAGCAAAAUUGUAUGCUGGCAAUGGACAGCAACGACCAAAACUAGAAUCAGUUUUAUUUGUCAUUCAUAUAAAUGAUACGAUUCCAAAUAACAAACCGUUUGCUUCAAUCAAAGAUUAUACAAAAAUUAAUUGCCGGUACAAAUAUUUGGAAAAUCGAAUUGAAAUUGACAAGUAUCGAAAAUCAACAUGUCGUCAAAUUGAUGAAUCAUUUUUUGGAUGA